ACAGAUGGUGUGGGAGCCCGUUCCCCGGUGGGAGGGGGCGCGAGUGAGCAGGCAGGCAGCUGCCAGGAGCUCUUCCCCGCUCGCUCACGCCUCGCUCUCAGAAGCUCCCGAUCCAGACACACGCGAGGCGCUGUCCUUUCAGCACCACAAGCUCGGGCUGAGGAGGGAGGACUCCUCCUCUUCAAAUUGACUUGAAUCUGCUCUGACCCCCAAGAGUGCAGCACAGUCUGGGAAGAAAGGCAUAAGGAUGGUGAAGCUGAACAGUAACCCCAGUGACAAGGGAACCAAGCCACCUUCAGUUGAGGAUGGCUUCCAGACCGUCCCUCUCAUCACUCCCUUGGAGGUUAAUCACUUACAGCUGCCUGCUCCGGAAAAGGUGAUUGUGAAGACAAGAACGGAGUAUCAGCCAGAACAGAAGAGCAAAGGGAAGUUCCGGGUGCCGAAAAUCGCUGAAUUUACGGUCACCAUCCUUGUCAGCUUGGCCCUUGCUUUCCUUGCCUGCAUUGUGUUCUUGGUGGUUUACAAAGCCUUCACCUAUGACCACAGCUGCCCAGAGGGAUUUGUCUAUAAGCACAAGCGCUGUAUCCCGGCCUCCCUGGAUGCUUACUACUCGUCCCAGGACCCUAGCUCCAGAAGCCGCUUCUACACAGUCAUCAGCCACUACAGCAUGGCCAAGCAGAGCACUGCCCGGGCCAUCGGGCCAUGGCUGUCAGCAGCUGCUGUCAUCCAUGAGCCCAAGCCACCUAAGACCCAGGGCCAUUAGAGGAUAACCCCAGCCAGAAUGGGGGGGAGGGGUGGUGUGGAAAGGAGGACCCCCCUGUUGGCUAAGUCAAGCUCCAGACAACAAUGUACUCCUGGGAUAUGGGGGCAGGGGUGGGGAAGGGUGGGAUGGGUGGGAGGGACUCACCGACAAUAUCGUACACUGGAGUCAUCUGAGUUGAUAUUUUUUUUUGUCCCUUGGUAUUGUUGAUUCGUCCCCAAGUCAGGCUCAUGUACAAAGGCAUGUUUCGUGUUGAUUGUUCCCAUGUAAGAUAUUUUUAAAGCCACUGCUUAUUCUCUGUUAGGAAAAUUUAAAAACAGAAAAGGAAAGAAACAAAGAAAAUGAACAAAAUGCAUUAACUUGGCUCCAUCUGGAGUUUGUUGAAGGGCAGUAAAGAGCACAGACUCUGUGGGCCUCUUAGCUGAGAAAUUGUAGCUUCAGCGUGGGCUUCGGAGGGAACAGAAUCAUAAGUGGCACAGACUGGGGCUAUUUGGUUUGCCUUUGAUCUGAAGGAUAGGAACAAAGGAAGUUAAGAACAGUCAAGUUGGAGAGAAGGACUAAUCCUGGCAUUAGUAAGCCCAGGAUGCACACACCAUGGAGUAAAACAUACUGACCAUUGGUGCAUUUUGCAAGAUUAGCACAAAAUUUAUAGGGCAUCCAUUCUAGGGCCUGGGCAGAUCAACAUGGCCUGGGUUCUGAAUGUCUACCCUGUGGAAUGUGUUUUGCAUAAGUGAACAUUGAGAAGGGGGCAGAUUUUCUUUGUCUUUUUCUUCUUUUUCUAGAUCUACUCCUGGAUACUGUCCAUGUUUAUGAGACAGCAGGGGUGGAGUGGGAGAGAAGGAAGGAGAGGCUACAAGAAGAAGGAUGGCACAGGACAGGCACGUAACACUUGGCCAAGCUCCAAGCACAGGCACCCAAUUUUAAAAUUUUGUUUGUUUGUGAUUUCCCAAAGUGCUAAUGACAAUAGCAACAACAAUGUAACAAGGAACCUCAAGUGAUAGCCAGGGAGAGACUCUAAGACUGGGGCUGCAGCAAUGCCAAGUCAUUUCUAAAGGAAGCUGAAAAAUGUGACUGUCUUUUGCCCACUCUGUUGUGUCGAUGGGGGACAUUUCCCAACCGGGUUCUAGAAGCUCCUGAUGGGGAGGAAGCAUCCAGCACUGACCAGCUCCCCCGCUGCCCUGGAACCAUUUCAGGCAAUCCCAUGCUGGGGAGGCCCAUUCUGUGGGUUGUCAGCUCCAGGCCCAAGGUGGCCAGAACUGGUUGGGAGAGUUGGUUAUUUGAGGUGUGGUACUGUUUCCCUGUGAAUCUCUGACAGGCCAUUUAAAGGAUAUUUUUUUGUGGCUUGCUAUGUUGCCAAAAUUAUCAUACACAACAGCUGGGUAAUAAGACUAGUAUAGCUCAAACUAUCCUGCCAAACACUCUCAUCAGAUUUUUCCUCUCUUCUCCCCCACCCUCCCAUCACCUUGAGUCACCUGUAAAUUCAUUUGUCAUCCAAAGCGGAAUAACACAUUGUCCCUAGCAAAACCGCUGAGCGCUUUAUAAUUUCGUGGUGUAUUUUUGUCAGUAGGUAGCAGAGGCUGAAGUAUUUUUUGGUGUAAUUCUUGAAAUUUUCUGACAGGAAACAAAUAAAGAUAGAUGUGUCUGAGAG